AUGGGAAAGAUUAUCUUCUACGAGGAUAGAAACUUUGGCAGCCGUUACCAUGAGUGCAUGGGUGACUGUGCUGACCUUCAUUCUUACUUUAACCUUUGUCACUCUGUCAAAGUGGAAAGUGGUUACUUCAUGGUCUAUGAUCGACCCAGCUACAUGGGCUGCCAGUACUUCCUAAAGAGAGGCGAGUACCCCGAUUACAUGUGCAUGAUGGGAAUGAACGACUGCAUUCGAUCCUGUCGUAUGAUCCCAAUGCAUCAUGGCACCUUCAGAAUGAGGCUCUAUGAACGCUUCCACAUGUCUGAUUUCCAGUCCUGCCAAGUGAUGGACGAAUGGCUCGCAUACAAGCAGCCUAACUACAUGGGCAGGCACUUCUAUCUGAGACCCGGCGAGUAUAGGAGGUACAGUGACUGGGGCGGAAUGAGUUCCAGAAUGGGUUCCAUCAGACAGAUCAGGGACCUCUGA